AAAUCAGUCCCUGAUUAGAGGGGAACGAUGAAAAAUGCAGUGGAACUGGCUUCGAGGUCAACAGUUGAGUUUGAGGGAUUUAGAGCAUAUUAUCACGCUUGAUUUGGGUUACAUUAUAGCAGAACUUUGUCGUGCUAUCUGGAGGCCGCAAAUGUAUUAUUGAGUUUAUUAUGCAUUUUACAAUCUUGAAAGGUGUGUUGUUUUUGUCGGUUUAACAUCACGGUUUUCAUUGGUUAGUCUCAUUUUCAGUUUAACAUACGCAUAAUCGGAAUACUUGGAAGGAUAUAAACGACGAAUGAAACGUAGGCUAAGCAACCCAUAGGCUAUUGUACAGAACACGUUAAAUUGGCGUAACAGUUUGAGGUUCUCGUCGUGCGUAACGUGUUUCUUCUCCCUGGAGACAUUUCUACUCCAAGCUGCUUUAUUGCAAUAUGUCAGCUAGAGGGCGUUAAUGGGAGUACACGCAAAGUAGGUAAAGGGGAUUAUUAUCUCGUACCAUACUGUAAAUGUCCCUAUCAGCUGACACGUACCACCCCUAGGUUGAUUACAGUGUUGUCCUGUCAUCUCUUACAAUCAAACGUGGAUGGUGCUUUAUCCUUGGUGAUUGAUUUGAGUUCACCGGAUGCACUGGCCACUCACAGACCUGGUGUGUGUGCAUGCAGCAGUAUGGAUCUGACGAGGCUUCCAAUGGAGAACGACCGCCGCUCUCUUUCAACAUGUCCAGCCCUUUACCCGUGGCUCCUUCACGGUUAAGGGUGUUCGCUCAGGAGAGGCGAGCACUCCCUCAUUCGAGAGUAAUGGUGUUUUUUUCGGCCGCUAGUGAGGCUGGAAAACCAGGCGAUGCAAUGUCUAGUGCAGGCUCUGUGAAGGGUGAUUUCCGAAAGGUAUCCACUCCCGCACCGAACCUAAAUCUGGGCAAGUCUCUCACCACCACGUUAAACGCAUCGCCAUCUCCAGAGUUUCCUGAGGUAAUUUCUCUCAAUGUGGGUGGUACCUACUUCACCACCCGUCUGUCCACAUUACGGCGCUAUGAAGACACCAUGCUCGCCGCCAUGUUCAGUGGACGCCAUCACAUCCCACGUGAUGCUGAAGGUCGCUUCUUCAUUGACCGGGAUGGGGCAUAUUUCAGGGACAUCCUGAACUUCCUGCGCGAGGGCGAGCUACCUCAGAGGGAUCAUGUGAGGGCGGUACAUAGGGAGGCCCUGUACUAUGCUAUUGGUCCACUGUUAGACAGCUUGGAGGACACUCAGCCACUCACAGGAGAGAAAGUCCGCCAGGCCUUCCUCGAUCUCCUGCCCUACUACAAGGAUAAUCUGGAGCGCAUCGUGGAGAUCGCCAAGCUGCGGGCCAUGCAGAGGAAGGCGCGCUUCGCCAAGCUGAAGAUCUGCGUGUACAAGGAGGAGAUGCCCAUCACGCCGUACGAGCGGCCACUCUUCAACUCACUGCGCUUUGAGCGCACGGAGAGCGAGGCCAAACUGUUUGAACACCACUGUGAGGUGGACGUGUCGUUCGGGCCCUGGGAGGCGGUGGCGGAUGUUUACGACUUGCUCCACUGCAUUGUCAGCGACCUGGCGGAGCGCGGCAUCACUGCCGACCAGCAAUGCAUCGGCGUCUGCGACAAACACCUCAUCAACCACUACUACUGCAAGAGGCCAAUCUACGAGUUCAAGAUCACAUGGUGGUAAAGCAAGGGGAAGACAGAACUCUCUCCCUUCCUGUCUGUCGCUGUGUUUUUUGUUGUGAGGUGGAUUUGCGUUGUAAUAGGCUGACUGAUCUCCUUCCUGGUCCCUCAGGUUGAGAGAGAAAACGGGUUGUCAACGUUAUUCCCCCUUUUCAAGAACUGAAACCUAUGAAGUGCUGAGUUUAUAGAAAGGAGGGAGUCGGACAGUUGUUGUUCUGUUUCCUUAUUGAAUAGUUGUGACCAAUGUUUUUUCUUUCUGUUUCUUUUUUUAUAAACAGCAUUAACCUAGGCCCUCAUUGGCUGUUUUAUUGUGUUCAACUCUGGGAGUUUUUUGUGCUCAUCCAAGCUUGUGGACCAUCAAGUUUUUCAGAAAAGGGUCAAGUUAAUCUCAUAUUGUGAUUACAGUGUUGUCUGUCUCUUUGGUUUAAUUCCUAUUUAUGCUAUUAUGUUUUCUACGCUUUGCGUUUCUCUGUUAGCCACUUUGAUGGUCGCGAGAGAAAGCCUUCACAAAUUAACUGGAUGCAAUUUAGCAAGCUGAUUAAAUAUUUCUCAUCUACAUGAAGAGUAAAUGUCUAUUUUUGUUACUGAUGUUGGUAUUUUCUGUCACUUACUCUCCCAUAAACCUUUAGAAGUUCUAGGUUAGAGACACAAGUAAAUGUAGAUGUUCUUUGCUAUACGUCUGUGAUCAGCAAGGUUUUGGGAAGUCAUUAUCUUUUUACUAUUACAGUUUGAUAGACCCAAAGUCAACUAGAGAGUUUCAAAUCAAAUAGGUUAAUGGGGCAUGGGCAAAGUUAUUUUACUUCAGUUGCCUCAUGAGAGAUCCAAGAUAUAGCUUUUUUUUACUGGAAAUGUUUAUCUUGCAGUUGAAAAUUAUGCAUCUUAUUUUUGCAAAAAUAAUUCUGCCCCAGAAUGUAUGUCUCUGAAGGGGUUUCUAUAGCAGAUGGAACAUUGAAAUUUGCUGCUAUAGGUAAUUUACACUUAAAAAGCUAUUGUCAAUUUAGCAGAUUUUUACGAUACUUUACAUUUAUCUGAUAUUUGCCAUUAAAUUAUUGAAUAAUCUUUUGCAGCAUGACAGAUUAGUCACACAAGUUUCAUAGAUCAUUUUAUAUGACAUAUUUCUACUGAUUUAAACAAAUUCAGCUUAAGUGCCUUUUCUUAAGGGCAACUGUUACACUUGCAUGGAGAUUAAACCAGGAAACCACACAAUAUUUCUAAUCAAGGACUGCAGUGACAGUAUUGUCACCUCCUCUGUGGGUUCUGUUUUCUUUCUUGUUCCCCAUGUUGUUGUUUAGUUAUUUAGUGAAUAUGUAUUAGAUUUUCAGAUGUCAUAAUAUGUCCAUUUUAAUUACAUUUUCAUAGAAUAGGCUACAAGUUCUAGUUUUAGAGGGAUUAUGUGCAAUUUACUGUUUGUACAGCACCUGUAUUUCUGUUGUCAAAACAUUACUUUGAUAGUUUUCAGAAGGUAAUACAAUUACAACAACACAAUACUGUAUGUCCAGUUGAUUUUAUGAAGCCUGUCACAGAUAGAGGCUUAGAUCUUUUAAGAUUCGAUUGAAGGGAUGGUUUGGGGUUAAAAUAAUCCCAUUUUAUUUAUUUAUUUAUUUCAGCAUUUAAGGCAAAUUUGACUUUAUGAACGUUCCAGGCACCUUAUUGAAGUUUCUCCCCUGGCUUGUGAAUGUCUUUUGCAGAUCCCAUAGCUGGCCAAUGUUGUCUAGGCUGCUCAUGGCAUGGGAAAGUUGAAAAACAAUGCACAGCUAGACCAGUGCCCUACUAUUAAGUUUACAAGAGUAAUAUCUUGCUUUAACAUACAUACUGCAUUAUUUGUUGUAAUGCUAUGAUGUAUUGUGCUAAUAGUAAGUUGUGUAUAUUUUUUGUUUUUAUAACAAGGUUCAAAUACAGUUUGUUUUUUGACUGUAUAAAAUUAUCAGUCUCUGUGGUUGUUAAUAAUGUUAUGCAAACAAUGUGCCAAUGUUUCAAGUUGCCAAAUGCAGUACUACCAUGAAAUGAACCAAGCAACCUAAACUGAAAACAUGUGGAUGGAGACCCAGGCCUGGGAUCAGUUGCUGAUCUGUCAUUGAAACCAAGCUCAUCUGUGUCAUUCAUCAGUGCAACAACUUGGCACUUAUCACAUUUUUGUGACCACAUUUGGCCAGGAUGUCACCUCUCUCUCUGCUUCUUGGCAGUUAUCUGUGUCUUAUUCAUCAUAAGCCUAAUAAUAAAGUUGAUCUAGCUUCAA